CUGUGUGUGGAUCUGGCUGCCUUGCCACCUCCCCACCUCCCUGCCCUCCAUCCCCAUUGGCUGCCUCACGCUGCAGUAGGACUGUGCCAGGGCCCUCACCAAACCUCCCCAGGAGGAAGGAAUAAAAGACUGCCUCUGUCUCUGCCCCAGCUGCUCAGGACGCUGUAGCCAGAGACGCUGCCACUGAAGAGGUGAUCAGGAGGAUGUCUGAGCUGGAGAAGGCUGUGGUGGCCCUCAUUGACGUUUUCCAUCAAUAUUCUGGAAGAGAAGGUGACAAGCACAAGCUGAAGAAAUCUGAACUUAAGGAGCUCAUCAACAAUGAGCUUUCCCACUUCCUAGAGGAAAUCAAAGAACAGGAGGUUGUGGACAAAGUCAUGGACACUCUGGAUGAAGAUGGAGAUGGCGAAUGUGACUUCCAGGAAUUUAUGGCUUUUGUUGCCAUGGUGACCACUGCCUGCCACGAGUUCUUCGAACAUGAGUGAGAGAAAGCAGCCAAGCUGUUCCUGUAACCGAGACAACAGUCAUGCAGGGAAUCUGAGAACAAGUAUUGGCAGAACAGUAAGAGCUAAGCUUUCCAGCCAUGUGUAGCUAAUUAGGAAGCUUGAUUUGCUUUGUGAAUGAAAAAUUGAAAGCUUCUUCCCCAGAGCUCCUUAAAUUGCUGUGUCAUUUCUGCUGUUAGGCUUUUGUGUGAGCUGACUGGUUCUACAACUACUGGCAAUAAUCACUUAGGAAAGUCAAUUUUUAUCAUAAAGUAUGGGUUGCACAAACCAUCAUGGCCUUGUAGAAUCCUAGCUCAAGGGAGGGAAAAAGGACUACCCAAAGAAGUCGUACAGAAUGGCUUCCAAUACAUCCAAAAAUACAAAGCCUUGACCAUCUAUUGGAAAAGGCUGCCCUUCAUUACAUUUGUUCAUCAUUCACCUAAAUAAAGACUACAGGUGGCCUGACCACACUGUCACUCCUAUCCAAAAGAGCAGGGUCGUAUUUAAAUUCCUUAUCUAACAGUGAGCUGUGAUUACUGAGUAAAUAGUUAAUGCAAACCACCCUAAAUGGAAAAGUAUCUCACAAACCAGCAAGUGCUGACUUUAACAGAACUGAGAAUCAAAAUUCUGCAUUCAGUAGAUUUCUUCUAGAUGAAACUUCACUGGCCCUGUAGGAUAUGUGUGUAGAAGCAUGGCUAGGCUCAAAACUAGGAGUUAGAUCUGCCCUCCAGCUAGCUAUGCAGCAAGUAACGUCAACUCCCUGACAGUUUCUGCUGUCCUCAAACGUGUGCCUGCAAGGUCCAGAUUGGGGGUGUUUGUUGCUCUGGACCACAGGGCCUCUUGGACAAGUCUUUCCAUCGAUUCAGGUCAUUCUUGACCUGCUUAUGCUAAAAGAACAUCUGUUAACCACCUGGUCAAGUCAAGGCAAGAAGUGGGAGGCUGAACUUGAUGCUUCUGUAUCUGCAUAUUCAAAUAAGUUCAAAAUAAUUAAAGUUACUAAUAAAGAUCAACUUACUCCAGAA